UUCAAAACACUCAAGCAGACGAAAAAUCGUUUCAAACAGAAGUAACAGGGACGUCAUUCAGAUAGUCUCAAUCGCAAUUGUAUUCCGCUAAAUCAUUCCAAUCGCAUUGCCGUUGGUCAACGGUUGAAUCAAUGGCUUUUCGUCCAGGAAAUCAUGAUCGUGCCUGGAACGACCCUCCCAUAUUUUCCUACCAGCAAGGGGUUUUGUCUGGUGACACCAAACCGGAGGAAACAGGGACUAGCACUUCAAAGAGGACGCUAAAUAAAAGGAUUGCCUUCCCUCUGAGUGGUGGGAUAUCAAAACCUACAAUGACAGUGACAUCACCACCAAUUGGUCUUCCUCCUCCAUGUAUAACCUUGCCAGUAUCAGCACCAGCAAACUUGGCUGAAGUAUCAAAUGCCCAAUCCAGCAAGGCUGCCUUAGAGACACAAGAACAGCUAGAUUUGGACUUACAGAAGAUCUCUAACAGUCUACAUGAUAACUUGAUGAGUUAUAUUGAAACAGAAAAACAAGAAGAUUUCAACAAGCGCUUGCAGCAUUUGUAUACUAGCUGGAAGGACGGGAAACUGAAUGCAGACAUUCAUCAACGUUUGACAAUAAUAACCGAGUCAUUGGAAGUAAAAGAUUUUGUCAAAGCAGAAAAUGUUCGAGUGGCAUUAGCAGUAGACUAUACAGCUGAUUGUGCUAGCUGGAUUGUGGUUAUCAAAAAUAUUGUUACUCAAAUGGAAACAAAGCUAAGUGGUUUAUAAAUUGUAUGGUGUUUGUAUUACAUCUAAAUAUGAAAGGGCGGAAACACAAAAAGUACUUAUUCA